AAUAACGACAGUCCACAGAUUAGCCAUAGGCGGUUAAUGGUUUUGCGCAACUCACCCAAGAAAAGCCAAAAAAAAAUGCGCAGCAACCGAAAGAAAGAAUGGUAAAUUGAGGAUCCCAGUCGGGGAAUUGUGCGCACCAUAACACAAGGAGGAUAUGGCAAACAAGACCUUCACUCUGCAAACCAUUUACGACCUCUGCAAGAAGACGUUCUCGCCGAUUGCAACAGCGCCUCCACCUGCUUAUGUCGUCCAGAAACUCUCUUCUCUUCUGGACACUGUGACCCCUGCUAAUGUUGGUCUGAGGGAGGAAAAUGGGGAUGAUGACCGAGGAUUUGGUCUUUCUUUGCUUAACCGAUUCAACCGAGCACCUAGAUGGGCCCAACCUAUAACAUAUGUGGAUAUCCACGAGUCUGAUAAAUUUACAAUGUGUAUAUUUUGCUUCCCGACGUCUGCAGUUAUUCCGCUUCAUGAUCAUCCUGGAAUGACAGUCUUCAGCAAACUUUUGUAUGGAUCCUUGCAUGUAAAGGCCUAUGACUGGGUUGAACCUCCGCAAGUUGUGAAGAUCAAUGGAUCUGAAGAUUCUCAAGUGAGGUUAGCGAAGUUGGCGGUUGACAAAGUCCUAACAGCACCUUGUGGGACCAGAGUCCUAUACCCCAAAAGUGGGGGAAAUCUACAUUGCUUCACCGCACUCACCCCUUGUGCUGUGCUUGAUAUUCUCACACCACCAUAUUUGGAGGAUGCAGGCAGGAAAUGCACUUAUUAUCAUGACUAUCCAUAUUCAAGCUUCUCUACAAAAGGAGCUGCUAUAGAUGGGAAAGAGGAGGACUAUGCAUGGCUUGCGGAAAUAGAAGCACCAAACGUGUAUAUGCGUCCUGGAAACUACGCUGGCCCUUCCCUUCAGUUAUAAGCUGGUCUGUGUUAGAGACAACUUUUUCAAAUGUAUAAAUUUGAAGCAUCUGAGAUAGCUGUUAAUAGAUCUGUAGGUGAUAAUCAUUGUAAAGUUGUUUAACAAGUAAUAAUCUUGUUUUAUGGUUGUGGUAAAA